ACUAAAUAUAAGGAAUACUUUCACGAUUCUUUUUCUCGUCUUAAAACUACUUUGCAGGCUAAUGUCCCAUCUAAACGCAAAUAAGUAUCCGUGUGAGGUACAGAGUUAACUUUAGAAUGUUGCUAAUGCCAAAAACACCAACUUGAACCACCCAGCUUCGUCAAAAGGAUUUCCUAUAAAUACACAGCUGAACACGAUCUCUGGUUUAUUUCAACUCAUCGGUCAGUUGAAUCGACACCAAAGUCAAAGACACCAUGGAAGUUUGUCUGCUUCUCUUACUAUUGUUGCCGCUAAGCAUCUUCACAACAGCUGUGAAGGAGAACAAGAUAGGUGGAAGCUGCUCUUCAGACUCAUGUGGAGCCAACGCUGAGUGCUCAGCACCUAUCGAUGGCAAAUGUAGAUGUAAAGAAGGAUUCACUGGCAAAGAUGACGAUGAAGCUUGCAGUGGUAUUCCUGCAAAUAUGGUUGGUGGCCAAUGCACCGCAGGUUCAUGUGUGGGUAACAAUGUUGAAUGUCCGGCCAGUGGAAGCAAGUUCUGCAAAUGUAAAGAUGGAUUCACUGGUGCUAGUGAAGCUGCUGGAUGUAACACUGUGAUGGCGGACAGGAUCGGUGGUAAGUGCACCUCUACAUCUUCGUGUGGAGCCAACGCCGUGUGUUCAGCAAGUGCUGAUGGUGUCUGCAAAUGUCAAGAAGGUUUCAGCGGCAAAGAUGGCGAUGCCACGUGCACUGUGAAGGAGAACAAGAUAGGUGGAAGCUGCUCUUCAGACUCAUGUGGAGCCAACGCUGAGUGCUCAGCACCUACCGAUGGCAAAUGUAGAUGUAAAGAAGGAUUCACUGGCAGUGAUGGCGAUGAAGCUUGCAGUCUGCCGGGUCGUGAUGGAAACGGUGAACCUGGCCUCCCUGGUUUGCCUGGAACAGAGGGUCCAGAAAGUCCCCCAGGUAUCGCCGGUGUCCCAGGUAGUGAUGGAGGACCAGCUGUGAAGGAGAACAAGAUAGGUGGAAGCUGCUCUUCAGACUCAUGUGGAGCCAACGCUGAGUGCUCAGCACCUACCGAUGGCAAAUGUAGAUGUAAAGAAGGAUUCACUGGCAGAGAUGGCGAUGAAGCUUGCAGUGGUGUUGAUGCGAAUACGGUUGGUGGCCCAUGCACCGCAGGUACAUGUCAUGGUAACAAUGUUGAAUGUCUGGACAAUGUUGAAUGUGGAAACAAGUUCUGCAAAUGUAAAGAUGGAUUCACUGGUACUAUUGGAGCUGCUGGAUGUGACACUGUGAUUGCGGACAGGAUCGGUGGUAAGUGCACCUCUACAUCUUCGUGUGGAGCCAACGCCGUGUGUUCAGCAAGUGCUGAUGGUGUCUGCAAAUGUCAAGAAGGUUUCAGCGGCAAAGAUGGCGAUGCCACGUGCACUGUCAUGGCCAACAGAAUCGGCGGCAGCUGUGUCACAUCUUCAUGUGGAGCCAAUGCUGAGUGUUCUUCUUCGGGUGUCUGUACCUGUGUCAACGGCUUUACCGGCCAAGCUGGCGACAUAGCUUGCAGUCAAAGUGGAGGUGCUGCCCAUUCUGUUGCCACCUGGUUUCUUGCGUCCAUCACGUCUAUGAUAGCCUGCAUGCUUUAAAACCAGAUUGGUUCUUUGAGGCACAUGAAAUAGUUUAAACUGAAAGUUUUCCCUUCUGUCGAAGUGUUUUUUUUUUAAAUGAAAUUAAACUAAAAAUGCAAAACCUAGAAUGCAAAAUACGAGAGAUUGAAGGAAACAAAACAGAAAUCAUAGCACACUAAUUCAUCGGAUGUGUAAGAGAUUCAAACUAUCGAGUAUUGUGGCGUGUGUAUAUCACACAAUAAACUAUAAUAAACCAAGGGUUAAAUUUGUCAGACAUUAUCGUCUCUGGAUACAAUAAUUGCUUGUGUGCUUGACAUUGUAACUAUCGGACACUUCAGUUUUGCAAUGUACGGACAGAUAUUGUAACUGUAUUUCUUUGUGAUCUUAAAUAGUAUAUUUAAAAGCUGUAGUAUACCAUAAAAUUAAACUAUUACUAUAUUUUUCUUUAUAUCUAUAUAUUCAAGUUUUUAUUUUCUCUACCAAUAAUGUAUCUUAUAAUAUGAAACACAAAAAAUUACACAAAAGUUGCUUUGUAUCAGAAAUUCACAGGCAAAAAUUGACCUAUAAAUGUUGUAAUUAAAAAAAA